AUGGUCAUCUCAUGGAUAAUAUCGAGCCGUCUCAUUCCUUUGAGGGGCAUUUCACCGCUUUGCAGUGCCCCUAGGACCAUGUCCACCAUCAGAUGGACCAUCUCCCCUAAAUUUCUACUGUUGACGCUGAGCCACUUCAUCGCUAUCGAAAAGGAUGGGGAGGCUACUCAACAGUUUGGGCGGCAAGGGAUCAAAGUUCUAGCUAACUUACAACGGCGUGCGUAUAGGGAAGGGGCAUAUGUUGCUCUCAAAAUCUCUAUUGCAGAAACUGGACAUAAUUGGAACACGCGAGAGUUCCAAACUAUGAAAGAGUUAGCAUCUCAUCAUCCUUGUCCGAAACAUACGGUACAAAUGCUUGAUGACUUCGAUCUAAAUGGCCCAAAUGGAUCUCAUAAAUGCCUAGUUUAUGAGCUUCUGGGGCCUAACGUUCUAGGCACAAUUCAUGCACACUUUCCAGAUGGGAGGCUUCCUGGCAAGCUCGCCAAAGGCAUUGCAAAGCAAUGUUUAAUCGGGCUCGAUAGUUUGCACCAGCGAAAGAUUGGACAUGGAGGUAAAUCACUUUCUUGGAAAUACUUCCAAGAUCUACAUACCCGCAAUUUGGCAUUUACCAUCCCUCUAAUAGAUGAUUUGUCAGAAGAAAGGUUUACUGAGAUGUUAGGAAAGCCAGAGAUUGGUUAUGUCCAAAAUCGCGAUGGGAAAUUCCUGGAACCUGGCGUACCCGAAUAUAUCGUGAGGCCUACCUCAUAUUCAACGUAUUCCUGGAAUAUGGCUCAGACUGUCAAAAUCAUCGACUUCGGAGAGUCAUUUCUGCGCACUACUGUUCCUGAAACACUGCAUACACCUUUAUCUCUUCGGGCACCGGAAGUUAUAUUUCAAGAUCGCAUUGAUUAUCGUGUUGACUUGUGGAGCAUGGGUUGCAUGCUCUUUGAACUGUUCCUUGGCCAGCCCCCUUUCGACACCUUCUUGAUAACGCCCGCAAUUCUUGUGGGCCAAAUGCGAGAGAUGGUAACUGAUGAUUUACCUGAAAGAUGGAAAGAGAAAUGGGAUACGAUGAACGCAGGGAACGGCAUCGCUAUAGAAAGUACUGGGCCCAACUUGCAGAAUUGGCUCGAAGAAGUAUACUUUGAUAGCCGGCUAAAUCCCGAUCUCACACGAGAGGAUAUAGUGAGGCUGGGACAUAUCAUUGGAAGGUUAUUGCACUUUGAGCCAUCGGCAAGAGCGUCAGCGAGGCAAGUUCUCAAUGACCCUUGGUUUAAUGAGUGA